AUGGAAGUUCAGACUUUUGUAAGAGUGGAAGGUCGCAAGUACAACAUAAGUGCUGGUCAAGGAGUGAUUAUCGGUGUUCUCACUAGUGGUCCAGAUGCACAAGGAAUAAAUGCAGCGGUGAGAGCGGCGUUAAGGAUGGGCCUCUACAUGGAAUGCAAGGUUUACUUUAUUAAAGAAGGAUUUCAAGGCAUGAUUGAUGGAGGCAACAACAUCGUCCCGGCUACUUGGGCCUCCGCGAACAAUAUUAUUCAAAUGGGAGGUACAGUCUUAGGGAGCUCGCAGAGCAACGAAUUUCAUGAGAGAGCAGGCAGAUUAAAAGCUGUUUACAAUUUAGUGAACUUGGGAAUAACGAACUUGGUGGGCAUCGGUGGUGAGGGAACGUUGUCUGCCCUCUUCGUUCUGAAACAAGAAUGGCACCAACAUAUCGUCGAGCUCAUUGAAUCCAACAGGAUUUCGCCCGAUAAAGGAGCGGCUUGUAGCAACCUGAACAUAAUGGGCAUCAUGGCCUCCAUUGAAAAUGAAUUCUGCUCCACAGACAUGUCCGUUGGCACAGAUUCCGCUCUCAACAGAGUUAUGGAGUCGUUGGAUAGCAUCCAAACUGCGGCAAUUAGCCAGCAUAGAUGUUUCGUUUUGGAAGUUGUCGGGAGACACAGCGGAUAUUUGGCAUUAUCAGCCGCUCUGGCCGCAGAGGCUGAUUGGUUGUUCAUUCCUGAAUAUCCCCCAGAGAAGGGCUGGGAAGAAAUGAUGUUCAACAAACUUUUGAUGGCACGUGAUAGUGACCAAAAAAUGAACUUGGUCAUCAUCGCCGAGGGAGCUAUUGAUCAUACUAAGAAGCCAAUAUCAGCCGUUCAAGUGAAAGAAUUAAUAAAGGACAAUGUUAAGUGCGACACGAAAGUUACGGUGCUCGGACACGUGCAGAGGGGAGGCUGUCCAUCAGCAUUCGACAGAAUAUUGGCAAGCCGUCUCGGAGCAGAGGCUGUGAUGUGUUUGUUGGAUUCCUCAAAAGAAACCAUGCCGAUGGUAGUGGCUUUGCAGGGAAAUCAGAUUGUUAGACAUUCGCUUGCUGAAACGCUGGCAAAAUUCAAAUCGAUAAAGAACAUGAUGGAAGAGUUUGACUACGAAGGUGUUCUGAACACUCGUGGAUUGCUUUUCAAAAAUAUGCUCAACAUUUAUUGCAUGCUGUCUAGCAUCUCACCUCCUGUCAGCCACAACGUAAAAAACAAAUAUGUGUUUGGAAUAAUUUGCUUGGGUGUACCGUCCUGUGGAAUAAAUUCAUCGUUGAGAACUUUUGUAAGGUGCGUCAACAAAUCCGGAUACUCCGUGUACGCCAUAUACCACGGCUUUGAAGGACUCAUGCAGAAUCAAGUUGAACUGUUAACAUGGGAAAAUGUACAGGGCUGGACGAAAGAUGGAGGAUGCAACAUUGGUUGCAGCACGUAUCUAAUAGACCAAUUUGGAGUCGACAAAAUAGCUUUACAGAUGAGAAAAUUCAAAAUCGCAGCUUUGCUUCUAGUUGGAGGAUUUGAAGCUUUCCAUGCAGCUCUCAUAAUGGGAGAAUCUCGUGCGAAACACAUUGAAUUUUGCAUUCCAAUAUGCGUCAUUCCUGCCUCACCUUUCAAUAAUCUGCCUGGCACCGAGGUUUCAAUCGGUUCAGAUACCGUCCUGAAUAAAAUCACUGAAUUAUGCGACCGAACGCGUUUGUCUGCAACCGGCAGUAAAAAUCGCGUGUUCUUAUUUGAAACCAUCGGAGGGAAAUGUGGAUACCUGACCACGAUGAGUGCCCUUGCCACCGCUGCCGACAUCGCCUACAUCUACGAAGAAUCUUUCGGAAUUAAAGAAAUUAUGACUGACCUUGUACAAGUAGCUAUCAAAGUCAGGCAUGGCUCCAACAUUGGAAUUGUUUUGAUGUCAGACGAGUCGCAUCCGUCGUAUAAUUUGGAUUUUCUGUCGCGCGUCUAUUCACAUGAGGGCCGAUCGGCCUUCAUCACGAAGAAAAUCGCUCUCAAAGAAAUUCAAGACGGGGGAAGACCUUCUCCUUACGAUAGAUUGCUGGCCAUAAAACUGGCAUCAAGAACUGCAGAACAUCUGAUUGCUCAGUUGAAUGAGAAUUUGACUUCAUCAGGUAACACCAUCAAUUUCGACACGUGCACGCUGGCCGGGUUAGUCAAACAUCAGAUCGACUUCACGCCUGUCCAGGAGUUAAAAAAACAAUACAACUUCUACAACCGCAACACUCGAGAGACGUGGUGGAUGCACCUCAAAAGUCUGGCCAAGACCCUGGUGCACUACGACCCACUCUUCAUUCAAAGCCAGACAGCAUCCAAUGCCGACACCAAGCGAGAAGAUAUUAAGUUAGAAACCAAAAUGCAUUCCAGGGCCCAAUAA